AUGGGGUGGGGGGCUUCCCCACAAGGGGUGGCGGUGGGUGACAGUGUCUCCUUCCCCGGCUGGCACGACCCCCGUGGGGUGCGGGUUGGGGAUCGGCAGCGAUGCCGGGGGGGGCUGCCAAAGCCGGCGAUCGGGCAGAGUAUGCGUCCCCGAGGCCCCUGGGCCGCCGGCCCAGCAGCUCUGCUGCUCCUCGCCGGCGUCCUCACCUCCGACGCGCUGCUCAGCACCCGGGGACGGAAGAAGGUGGUCCAUGUCAUGGAGGGUGACAGCGGGGCUGUGGUCGUGCAAACGGCCCCGGGGAAGGUGGUGACGCACCGGGGCGGCACCAUCAUCCUGCCCUGCCGGUACCACUACGACAUGUCUGCCCACGACCCGGCCGAGAUCCGCCUCAAGUGGACCAAGGUGACAGAGCCGAUGGCCUUCGUGGACGUCUUCGUGGCGUUGGGGAAGGCGCGGCGGGCGUUCGGUAGCUACCGCGGCCGCACGGCUCUGCAGGAGGACGGCUUCGGCGAUGCCUCGCUCAUCAUCCGUAACGUCACCCUGCAAGACUACGGCCGCUACGAGUGUGAGGUCACCAAUGAGCUCGAGGAUGACACCGGCAUGGUCAAGCUGGACCUCGAAGGUGUGAUCUUCCCCUACCACCCGCGCCUGGGUCGCUACACCCUGAACUUCCACGAGGCGCAGCAGGCGUGCCUGGAGCAGGAUGGCAUCCUGGCCUCGCACGACCAGCUGCACCAGGCCUGGCUGGAGGGUAUGGACUGGUGCAACGCCGGCUGGCUGGAGGACGGCUCGGUGCAGUAUCCCAUCUCUCGGCCGCGGGAGGAGUGCGGCCGCAAGGACACGCCGGUGGGGGUACGCAACUAUGGCUAUCGGCACAAGGAGAGCGAGCACUACGACGCCUUCUGCUUCACCUCCAAUCUCAACGGCAAAGUCUACUUCUUGAAGACGUACCGCAAGCUGAGCUACGCCGAGGCGGUGCAGGCCUGCAAGAACAACGGGGCAGCCGUGGCCAAAGUGGGCCAGCUCUACGCCGCUUGGAAGAUCCAGCUGCUGGACCGCUGCGAAGCCGGCUGGCUGGAGGACGGCAGCAUCCGCUACCCCAUCGUCAAUCCCCGGGCACGCUGCGGGGGCCGGGAGCCCGGAGUGCGCAACCUGGGUUUCCCGGACAAGAAGUACAAGCUUUUUGGGGUUUAUUGUUUUAAAAAAGCUGGUGAGGCUGCCCCGGAGAAGGUGCUGGGUGGGGGGCACCCUAAUCGUGUGUGA